AUCCCAUCCCGUCUUCUGUCAACCAUCAACUGUUGCAUUCAUUUCACCUUUUCCCUACGUCCCAGCCGUCUCACAGCCCAUUGCCCCCGUCGGCAAUGUCUCAACCAUGAUCAUAGCUCGCCUCUUCUGACAAAUCCACUCCUUUUCUUCUACGGGAAGUUCGGAGACAAGGAAAAGAGUUUCAACAACAGUGUUACACGCACACACGACCAUUUGACGCAUUCUGACGGACGAUAAAAAAUAAUCGAAUCACGAGGAAAAACAAAAUAAAGCAAAAGCCCCUUGUCACACCUUUGCAUUAUAUAAUUUUCGGUCACUUUUUGCAUCCCUGCCUCGAAGAAUGGCGCCAGGAAUUAGCAAGCGUCAACAGUUGCGCAACGAAAAGACUCUUCAGGAUCUCAUCCGCAGUGUUCCUGGUAAUGAUCGAUGUGCGGACUGCGGUGCUGUAAAUCCAGGAUGGGCAAGUUGGAAUUUGGGUGUCUUUCUAUGCAUGCGGUGCGCAUCGCUGCAUCGCAAGUUGGGGACGCACAUCUCAAAGGUUAAAUCCUUGACUAUGGAUAGCUGGUCGACAGAGCAGGUCGAUAAUAUGAGGUCGCAUGGCAACAACAUCAUGAACAAGCUCUAUAACCCCAAGAACGUCAAACCCCCCAUCCCCAUAGACAUCGACGAGGCCGACUCGUGUAUGGAGCGAUUCAUCCGACAGAAGUACCAGGACAGAUCUCUAGAUGGCAAACCAAGGCCUGUCAGUCGUCACAACACCGGUCGUACCAGAUCCCCUUCCCCGGAAUCCUCACCACCCCCGUUGCCGGCCAAGGCUGGAAAGUUUUUCGGUUUCGGUUUACGAACGUCCAAAUCAUCCUCCCAUCUCCGUCGGCCCUCACCUAGCUCCCCUCCUCCACCGAUGCCACCUCGGCCGUCAAGACGAGACUCCGACUCGUAUGUGACAUCCGGAGCUUCAGUUCAAUCGGGCCAAUCCUUUGAAUCGAAGAUGAACUACUUGAGAGAUAUGGGAUUUCAAAAUGAGCGGCGCAAUGCAACCGUCCUCCAAAGCCUUAAUGGCAACCUAUCGAAAUCGAUUGAAACCCUGCAGAGAGUCGGGGAGGGCCCUCCGCGGCCUAGAACACAGACAGGAACUUCCUCCCAGUCAGGCUCUAAUAAUCCCUUCGAUGCGCUGGAUCAGAAGCGGCCAGCUCAAUCCGCCACAAAAUCGUAUAAUCCUUUCGAUGCACCGAGCACACAACCUGCUGCAGCACCGUCGCUUGAAGCUUCAUUUCAGAAUCUUCAGGUUUCCCAGCCUCUGUUCCCGCACUCCACUGGUGGAUAUCCCACCAGACAGAUGCCGAUUUCCCAGACUUUUGUGCAGCAACCGCUCACCCCUCCUGUGACAGCGACCCUUUAUCAGCAACAGAGCCUAUAUACCACGUCCCAGCCGGCCAAUAACAAUAUCUAUAGCAAUCCGUAUUUUCAGAUGGCUUCGCAGCCUCAGACGACCAUGGCGAACAAUCCUUAUUCGAGCCAAACCCAAAGCCCUGCACAAUCGAACCCUUUCUUCAGCCAAGUCUCUGCACCAACCGGCUCUUCACAGCCGUCUUUACAGAGCCAGCCAACUGGCCAUGUUCCGGGCAUCCCAGCAUCACAGCAGCUACGACAUGCUAAUACCAUGCCAGCCUUCCCGCCUGCGUCGUCGCCUCUUGCCCAGCCUUCCCCGUUCCAGCAAAACCAGCAAAACCAGCAAAACCAGCAGGCUCAACAGCCAACCCAGAAUCCAUAUAAUCCCUACCAGUCGAUCAAUGCGUCACCUUCUAUCCAGAAUGGCGGUUAUUCGGGCCAGUUCCAGUUUCAGCCACAGUCUAAUUUCGCGUCUCAGCCUCUUCUUGCACAGCCUACUGGCCGCAUGGACAAGAACAGCAUCCUCUCAUUGUAUAACCUGUCCCCACCACCACCACCCAUUCCCGAACAACCACAGCAGCAGGUCCCAUCAACGGUUACCUCUGCCCCUUCUAUGGCAAACGCUUAUGUGCCUACUUCUCAGCCUCAACCAGUCCCUCAACGCAGCGUAUCUUUCCCCAUCGUUUCGGACAAUAGCUCGCGGAAUCCGUUUAUGAUGCCACAACAGCCAGGGCUAGGGCAGCAACAAGCGCAGGCAUAUACGCAACCGGUCGCUCAGUCUAACUACGCAACGGGAGCCCCUCAAUCUAUGAAUGGCAAUUUCAUGCGAUCCCACAUGAGCCAGCCAAGUGUUGAUAUCAAUGGGCUACAGAGCGGGCGACAUAGCCCUGACGCAUUUGCCAGUUUGAGCGCGCGAUAUGCUUGAUGAGACUCAUUUGUUUUGCUUUUUAUUUUUUACUUUUGGAUCUGGGACAGUUAUAUCAAUUUAGAGUGGGAUCUUUUUUUUCUUUCUUAUAUUUCAUCUUUUUCUUUUCAAAUGCAAGAUCUGGAAUCGGUAGUCUGUUUUCCUUUCCUUGGGUAUUAUAUGGUAUGGGCCGGUGCUUCAUAUAACUGCCUCUUAUCAUUAUCAUGUUCCGCAUUCGCUCCUCUUCUUCUGUAUAGGCAAUUGCCAUUGCCAUUAUCAUGCUUUUUCCCCUUUCAAGAUUAUACCUCCUGCCCUAUUUUUGUUCGAUCAUAUUCCGUUCAUUUUAGAUUGGGAAUGCAUAUCUGUCCGGUUGUCAUGUACUAUAAUACCUACUCAGUAUUGUGAGCUGCGCGCUAUGGAUUGAAGGCAUUCAUUGUAUUGCUGACUGCAUUGACAGGGGUUAAUUGAAAAGCAUUAUUAUCAUUGUUUUGCAAUGGCUGGCCUGGAAAGGCGUAAUUUGACUAUGUUCGUCCGCUUGUCUAUUACAUACAGCGCUGUAAAGUCAAUAUCUAUGUCACUAUAUAAAAUGGAAUUUCUAGAAUCAC